CGCGUUGUGGGGAUGGUGAGUGUGCGUGUGUGGGCGGGCGGGCGCACGCUGAUGCCCGGCUGGGAGAGCUGCUUUUGCGGUUAUAGAGCCAGAGCCGCCUCUUGCCGAACCAUCCGCGCCGCACGCAGAAAAAGUUCUUCGUGGGGGCGGGGGAAAGUGGACCCACGUCACGCCCCGAGACUUUCCCCCCCAACCGCGCGGCUAGCUGCCAGGUGGCUGCGGGAUCGGCCAGGAGGAGCCUUUGCCGCCCUUAGCCCGCAGCUCUGAGGAUCUCAUGCAGGGGGGCGAGGAAGAGCCCGAAAGCACCAGGGGAAUGAAUGCAAGCAGACCCACAAACUGUAUAAACAGUCCUAGAGUAAUAACUCACUGUGCCAAAAGAAGAAUGGAGGAAGACACAACAUGGCCUAAAGAACAACAGCAGAACUUUUCCUUGUUUCCUUCCACAAAAGCCUGGAAUUUCAGAGGGAAGAAACGCAAGCAGAGUACCCAGGAUGAAGAUGUAAUCAGUGUGUGUAGCUGUGAUUCAGGUGAGCCCAGUAACAAGCGGAUCAAGCCUCUUUCUAGAGUGACAUCACUAGCAAGCUUAAUUCCUCCUGUCCGAACAACUCCCUUGAAGCGAUUGGGUCAGACACUCCAGCGUUCUAUCAGUUUUCGUAAUGACAGUCGAUCUGAUCUACUGGCAUCCCGUUCCUGGCUGAAAAAUGUACCGUCUGCUAGCACCAAGCGACGAGACAGUAAACUCUGGAGUGAGACUUUUGAUGUUUGUGUCAAUCAGAUGCUCACAUCCAAAGAAAUUAAGCGUCAAGAGGCAAUAUUUGAACUUUCACAAGGAGAAGAAGACUUGAUUGAAGACUUAAAGUUAGCAAAGAAGGCGUACCAUGAUCCAAUGCUUAAACUAUCCAUAAUGUCUGAACAAGAAUUAAAUCAAAUUUUUGGAACACUAGAUUCUUUAAUUCCUCUUCACGAAGAUCUUCUUAGGAGACUGAAGGAAAUUAGGAAGUCUGAUGGAUCUACAGAAUCAGUUGGUCACAUUCUUGUGAGCUGGCUGCCGUUCUUGAAUUCUUACGAUAGUUACUGUAGCAAUCAAGUGGCUGCUAAAGCUUUGUUGGACCAUAAAAAACAGGACCACAGAGUGCAGGACUUCCUACAGCGUUGCUUGGAAUCACCUUUCAGUCGUAAAUUAGAUUUAUGGAAUUUCCUUGAUAUUCCACGCAGCCGUCUGGUGAAAUAUCCAUUGCUACUCAGAGAGAUUUUGAGGCACACACCAAAUGAUCAUCCAGAUCAUCAGCACCUUGAAGAAGCUAUGAAUAUUGUUCAAGGCAUAGUAGCAGAAAUCAAUAAAAAGACAGGAGAAUCUGAAUGUCAGUAUUACAAAGAAAGACUGAUAUAUCUUGAUGAUACCCAAAGGGACUCCCUGAUAGAUGAGUCACGUGUUGUUUGCUGUCAUGGUGAACUAAAAAACAACAGGGGAGCGAAAUUUCAUGUCUUUCUUUUCCAAGAAGUUCUAGUAAUUACUCGGGCAAUUCUUCAUAAUGAACAACUCUGCUACCAAAUGUAUCGUCAGCCCAUUCCUGUGAAGGAUCUUAUGCUGGAAGACUUGCAAGAUGGAGAGGUGCGAUUAGGUGGAUCCAUACGUGGUGCAUUCAGCAACAAUGAGAGAAUUAAAAACUUCUUUAGAAUCAGCUUCAAAAAUGGAUCACAAAGUCAAUCCCAUUCAUUACAAGCAAAUGAUACUUUCAAUAAACAGCUCUGGCUUAACUCUAUCCGUCAAGCCAAAGAACUGGUUUUGCAUGCCUCGGGUGAGAAUGGAGUCCGUGAUUUGGAAAGACCUGUAAUAGCAUCAAGUAGGAACAGUAUAUUCCAGCAAGAAUCCAAGUCUGAACAAAUGGACCAAUCAGACAGUGGAUCUAACUGUAGUAUGGACACUAGUGAAAUCAGCCUUGAAUGUGACCACAUGGAAGAGACAGAUUCUUGGGAGAAUGACAGAGAAUUAGAAAGCAAUGUCUGACAAAAGCUUCAAGAGGCUUUCAGUGUCUUAUAUGUACGUAUUUGCAUUCCAUAUGUGGAGCAAGAAGCACUUUUUAAUAUUUUUGUGACAAUGUCAAUUCAAUCCCUAUUAUAUUUGUACCUGUUGACCAUAAUACUGUAACUGCCGGUAUGUGUGAUUUGGAAUGUGUGGCAACUAUAGUCUUGUGAUAGUCUGUAAAUGUCUCAAUGGCUGAGACAGGUACUUGACCAAAUAUUUCACACGUCCUGUUGGUAGACAUGAUUUCUAAACUAUCAGUUUUAGACAUAUUAUAUAGCAGGUGUCCCUGUUUAUAAAAUGCCCACAUUUGAUGUUUCAAAUGGCAACUUAACACAAGUUGUCUGCAUGGCAUUUUUAAAGUAUCAAAGUCAGGAAGGUUUCAAAAAUCCUGAAGUUAAAACUGAUGAGUUAUUUAUCACCCGGUGAUUUGACGUAAGUAUAUUACUUGACAUUAAGUACAUAACUUGCAUAGGUGCAUAAGCUAUGACAAGUAGCGUACUGGACAGUGGAUGGCGUUCAAAAAAUAAUGAGGACUCAAAUGAUGUCCAACCAUUUAUAAAGCAGUGCUAUAUUUUAGGAUAAACUAAAAUACUAAGUCGGCAGGAAUCUUAAAUACAGAUUGAUUUAAAUUUUUAGGGUGAACAUUAAGAUACACAUGUUAACAAUUAACAUGGCUAAUGCAAUAAAAUAGGGUUUCUCCAAGUGCAUAGAUACACGAUAAUCAUUUGAAAACUGGCACUUAGUAGUGAAAAUCUAAAACUUUUUAUGAUCGUGUUGUGAAAUAAGCAGAUUCAAUAAACGUUAGAAGAGCAUGGAAACAUCAAAAAUGACAGCUGAAAUACUUUGAGUUCAUUUAAACAGAAUUGUUUUGCUUUGUGUAGCCCUUUCUGAGGUAACAUAUCAGUUUGUAUAUAAAAUGGUGCUCUCGCUUUACAUUUUUGGUUUGUCUUACAUUUUAUAAAUAAAAAUUAUAAUCGACCUAUCCUGGGGAAAUCAGUUGGGCGAGCAGCAAAUAAACCUUCUCUUUCUCAGUUUCCAUGAUUGCUCAUAUUCCUAGCCUCCAUUGCAGGUACAGAUGGAAAUGCCUGACAGGGAAAGGGUGGUAAACGAUAAGAAGCCACAAGCUCCAUUCCUUUUGUAGAUGUCUUGUGACAUCAUAAGAACAUACAAUAGGGACAAAUUAGAGGAUGACUCUUUUUUCUCAUUUUGACAAAAGCAUAUCCUGUUGCCACCACUGAGAUACUUUCUGUCAUGAAUUCUGUGCAAGAAACUUGUUUAAUAUGCUUGUUAUAUUAAAGUUCAGAAUACAUAUAAUGUGAUUCAUGUGAAGAAAACUUUAGCAACCUUGCAAAAAUUUGGAAUAAGAAUCCCCACUAGAAAACAUUAGAAAGGCCAGGUUUUUUAAUUAAUUCACUUUCAUGUUUAUAAUGUGUUUUAUCAGGAGUUUAAAUUGCUUAGCUAAUUGUGAUUAAAAUAAGCCAUGAUUAAAACCAUGAUUCAGAUAUUUUCUUAUUACAGACCACCCGAUAAAGCAUUGGCUUCUUUAGCACCUGUCUGUACCAUUCUAUAAUUCUCUGUUUUAAGAACCGCCUGUAUCAACUACUGUUAUUCUAGCAACUCAACUGCAAUGUCCAGCUAUUCUUUGAUUAGCUUUCCCAGUUAAUUGGAAAAAUGCCAAUAAACUGGGAAAUUGAGUAAAAAAAAUACAAUUAGGAUUGAACAAUAGAUCCAAUAUUUUACUGAUUUUUUUAUAAGUGGGCCUAUAAUAUACAACUUAGUGCACUGAAAUAUAAUUACUAUUAUUUUCCAUACAGUAUAGACUCCAACCUCGGUUCAACAGUAACAUUGGCAAAAUGUAUACAUCAAGCAUUUUAUGUUUACAGAAAAACUAAUGGAGUAAGGUGUCAGGUUUUUUUUAUGUUUCACAAUCUGUUACACAAGUAAUUAUGUUAAAAUAAUCAGUAUAUAGUAGGUUAUUUUACUUCUUUUUUUAAAAAAAGUAUUAAUUACCAAUAUCACUGUUUAGAACAUUUCUGUAUGUAUAGGAUUAAAAUAUGAUCAUGUUUCAAUCUUGUAAUUUAUUUAACUUGAUUUAUUCUGGAAAAUGUUCACCAGUCAAGGGAAGCAGAUCCAGUGAUUAUGGUUUAUGCAAUGUUCCAGACUGAGCCUGGAAGUAAUAGUUACAAAGACGCAAUAGAAAAUACAUUAAAUUGCAAUCUUACAAUUUUUACAAUCUUACAACAUCUGGGAAUAAGUCCAAAUGACAUAGUGGGACUAUUUCUCAGUAAAUAUACCAAGGAUUGUGUACUUAAGUUGUGAACUACUGAACUGAUAAAUACUUGCCAAAAUGUUAGAGAAAUUGUAUGGUUUUCAUUUAUUAAAAAUACUGUAUUAGUGAUUAAAUAUUUUUGCAUAAUAGCCUUAUCCUGUUCUCAAAACAUUUCAAAUAAAUUACACUGAAUUAUG